AAAGCUCUUUUAUGUUCUUGACUCUGGGGCUACAUAAGAUCUUGAUUUAUGUCAGGGAGGGGAUGCCAGCCCAUGACAUGGACUGUGAUGUCUCCUCUCUGGUUGCCUCUGUAGUGGAUACUGAGGUAUUUACCAACCAAGAUGUUAAGGAGAAAUUUGAGAGCUUGUUCCGUGCUUAUGAUGACUGUGUGACAUUUCAGCUGUUUAAAAGUUUUCAACGCAUAAAAAUUGACUUCAGCAACCCCAAGUCAGCUGCUAAUGCUAGAACAGAACUUCAUGAAACACAGUUCCGAGGGAAGAAACUAAAGCUUUACUUUGUGAAGGUCCAGACUCUGGAGAAUAAUGAAGAGGUCUUCCAUUUGGCUCCACCUCAGCCAUCCAAGCAAUUCCUCAUGUCACCUCCAGCCUCUCCUCCUGUAGGUUGGCAACCAAAAAUGGAUGAUACACCAGUCAUCAAUUAUGACCUCCUUUAUGCUGUUUCUAAACUGGGACCAGGUGAGAAAUAUGAACUACAUGCAGGUACUGACUCCACUCCAAGUGUAGUUGUGCACAUCUGUGACAGUCAUGCAACAGAAGAGGAAGGCUCAAAUAAUACACCAAAGCCACAAAUUACACAGACUCGACGUCCUGGCCUACCAUCUUCUGUGUGCAGCUGACUUGCCCAAAGAAGAGCAUCUCCUCUUUUGUGUAUCCCUGUUUUCUCUUGGUAGAAGUCAGUCGUGGCUCUCCAUAUAAUCCGGUAUUUAGUUUCUUAGAGUAUUCCCUGUGCAGCAGUGGAGCCUAAGCACAAAAAGACUCAGAAUGUAUUCCUUGUAGCCAUAAUUAUGUCACAUUCCUGCAGAACAGAAGGGGAGGGAAGAUUAGGUGGGGUUUUUUUCCAAGUCUCCUUAGGCUGCAACCUGGGAUAAUUGGCAAGCUUUUCUUCUAAGGAAACAUAUACGAUUGCACUGCACAAAUCAAGAUUCUUUAAAUGUCAUUCAUUAAGUGGAGGUAAUAGUGUUUGGAUGUGUUGUUCAGAUCAACAGACCCCACAUGCUACAAAGCACAUUUCUACAAAUAGGUUUUUCUCUUUAUGCUCACUGUGCAGCUUAGCUUUCUUCUCUGGGUCUGAAUUGGGAAGAACUCUUGUUCAGCGGAAGAACCCAUCCCAGGUCCACCUUGUAAUCACUGUAUUUGCAAGGAAGGGGGAGUAGAGGGACCUUGGGGAGCAGAACUGUGAAAGGCUCUAGUUGUGAAUGCUUGGAGAGCCAUUGUCAGAGUAAACAACAGAAAGAAACUUGGUCAGUGGCAUUGGAAAGUCAGAAUUCAGCCUUCAGUUGUGCUGUUCAUGGACUACACAUCUUGUUUUACAAAAGUUCUUUUUAAUGCACAAAUGCAACCAGCAUGAGGUAAUUCCAUGCAUUUUCAGUGCGUAGCUACUACCUGAAUUCAAAUUAAGGCAGUUCAGCCCUCACUGAAAUUUAAAUUAGCCUAGUGAUAUCAUAGGAUUAAGAGCAACUGUUUCUUGGAGAUCCUCCUUGUUUCCCUUAACAAUGAAUUCAGAUAAUUGAGUAACAAUGACUUUAGAGUAAAAGGUAGGACCAUUCAAAAUAAGAUACUGGCAUCUUCAACAUUACAGUAGAUAAUCUUACAUCUCUAGAAUUACAUAAAAGUGAAGUAUGUUUUCAAAUGACCUUCUCCCCAAAAUUAUGUUUUCUUUCUUCUGAACUUCCCUUUAAUAUUAAUGAGAUCUCUUAUCUUCAGAGAAAGCCUGAGUGAAUCAACCAGUCAUACCUGUGGCUAAAAGUAGUGGACAAGAACACAAAUAAAUCAGAAGGCAAACAGAAUGAUGGAAGUAA